AUGCCUUACUAUCCACGAAACAUGCACGGAUAUGGACAACAUCCUCCACAUCCACAUUGGCCUAACGAUGCCCACAUUGCCGUGCAGUUCGUUCUCAACUACGAAGAAGGUGGCGAAAAUAACAUUCUCCACGGAGAUGCUGCUUCUGAAGCCUUCCUCUCCGAGAUCGUCGGUGCUGCACAAUGGCCUGGCCAACGACACUGGAACAUGGAGUCUAUCUAUGAAUAUGGUGCUCGAGCUGGAUUCUGGCGACUUCAUCGACUCUUCACUGACAAGAACGUCCCUGUCACCGUCUAUGCUGUUGCCACUGCUCUCAUGCGAUCACCUGCACAAGUCAAUGCAAUGAAACAAGCUGGAUGGGAGAUCGCAUCACACGGAUACAAGUGGGUCGAACACAAAGAUAUGUCACAAGACGUCGAACGACAACAGAUACAAGAAGCCAUUCGUCUUCAUACUCUUGCAACCGGUGAACCACCACGAGGAUGGUACACUGGUCGAUGUUCUGUCAACACUGUCGACCUCGUCAGUGAACAAGGUGGAAUGGAAUACAUUUCCGACACCUACGACGAUGAUCUUCCUUAUUGGCGUGAACACAAUAAUAAACCACAGCUCAUCAUUCCCUACACACUGGAUGCCAACGACAUGCGAUUCGCAACGCCACAAGGCUUCAACUGUGGUGAUCAGUUCUUCACUUAUCUCAAAGAUGCUUUCGACACUCUCUACGAAGAAGGCAAAAGUGGCAUGCCGAAAAUGAUGACCGUCGGACUGCACUGUCGACUGAUCGGUCGACCAGGCAGAAUCGCAUCGCUCGUCCGAUUCAUCGACUAUAUCCAAAGUCACGAAAAGGUGUGGAUUCCAACUCGGCUGCAGAUUGCCGAGCAUUGGAAGAAUACACAUGCGUUCGUCAAGCGAGACCUUGUUCCAUCACAGUUAGAUCGACAGACGUUCAUCGAACGGUUCGGAUCGAUCUUCGAACACUCAGCCUGGAUAGCUGAACGAGCACUCGAUGGUGAACUCGCUCCUGCAAAUGACACAGCUGUAGGUCUUCACUUUGCACUUCGAACUCAGUUUCGAGCUGCGUCUGAUGAAGAACGACUGCAAGUACUGCUCGCACAUCCUGAUCUAGCAGGUAAACUAGCCAUGGCGAAACGAUUGACCAGUGAAUCGACGAAUGAACAAGCAUCAGCUGGUCUCGAUCUGCUGACCGAUGAAGAGCGAGUGCUGUUCACUGAUCUCAAUCGACAGUAUACGACGAAGUUUGGUUUUCCAUUCAUCAUUGCGGUGAAAGACAACACGAAAGAAAGUAUCAUCGAAGCAUUUCGACGUCGAUUACAGAACGAUCGUGAAAGUGAAUUCGUGACAGCAUGUGGUCAGGUGGAACGAAUCGCGGAACUUCGACUAAAAGCCAUUUUACCCAACUAG